AUCUGUCAGCAGCACUUAAUUUGGAAUAAUAUGGAAAUUGAAGAUGAUUAUUGCUUGAAUGAUUACAACAUUUCAGAAGGCUGUACCUUGAAGCUGGUAUUGGCUAUGCGUGGUGGACCUAUAAAUACUAGAAGAGUUCCCAUGGAAGAUCCACUUAGGGACAUGGCUGAGUACAUGGAUUCCAGUCAAGAUGAGGUCUGGGAAAAGACCUCCUACAACAAACAAGUUACAUUUUUGAUAUACCGAGAAGGAGAGCAGUUGAAUUUCUUCCGUGUAAUAGAUAGGGGAGAUGGCACUUUAACACCGUUAUCUGAAUCUUUAAGGUAAAUAGGUUUUCAUUUGCAUGUCUCACUUAGAAAAGGAAAUUAUAUGAUUAGUGGUGGUUCUGUAUAUAAUUUAUGUACUGAUGAAGAUGAAGAAAUUGAGCCUUCUCCUUCUGGGCAACAGAUAAUUGAAAAUUCAAUAACUAUGAAUAAAAUGAAGCUGCUGAAGGCAAAGAUGGAGAACGUGAAUCUUGGCAAAAAGCCUAAAAAAGCUGUCAAGGUACAACCUCGCCCACCUAUAACACCUCGAUCUUCUACUAGCUCCACGGCAGCUGUUCGGCACAGAUUCUUAAGAGUUCUCCCCCACAUUGGGCAGUCUUGUUUACCUUCUCCUAGGAAUGUAUGUCUACCUGAAACAUCCAACAAUGCAAUUUCAAGUUUGACAACGCUGCCCCCUGCUGAUAGACCUGUAUCAUCUAUAACUAGUGAUUUUUGUAAAGAAGAUGAUAACUGGGAGAGUAACACACUGAAUCAUUCCAAUGGUAGCAUCAAACUACCAUCUCAGGUAACCCAUGUGGAGUUCAAAAAUGACAAAGAGUUUGCUGAGUCUAUUCUCCAUCUUGGAUCAUUCCUGCCUAGGCGGACACAACACUUUUCAGGAAAUUUGUCAUCCAAUAAUAAGGAUGAUACUGUUUUAUUUCCAACUUCUGAAGAGUGUGUAACUGCAAAAUCACUUCUACCUGAAGUAGGUUCGUUUGCUUUGUUUACAGAAGGAAAUAUUGAUGAACAGAGCAGUAGCUUAGAAGGCACCCAGAAGGUAAAUCCUGACUUCUUAGUUACUCAUGGUGAUAAAGGGUUGAAAGCUACAGAGCAACAUAUUAAAAAUGUUGCAAGAGAGUUGAGUGGUGAAUCAGUAGAGACUACAGUUCUCAACAAUCAUGAAUUAAGUCCUCAAAAAAAUAGACUCUUGUCACCUCUUCACUGUUCUACACCAGUGUCACUCCCUAAUUCUUUGGUGAAACCACAGAGACAGUCCAAAUGUUUUGAGUCUGGGAAUCUUCAGUCUUCUUCACAAAAUGUGCUUCGGUCACUGGAUGUUCGAAAUAUAACUGAUUCUUAUUUCUCUAGGAUUACUCGCUUUCGAACUGUUAAAACUGAUUCACCUGGAAAAAGAUCCAAUGUUAUUUCUAAAGUUGAGGCUCGGGACAUCACAGAAAUGGCUAACAAGGCUUCCAAAGAACCUGUUGGUUGUAUAAAUAAUACAGGUUUUCUUGCUUCUUUGGCUCGGAGUGCAAGCAGAGAGGAUUUACAGAGCAUAGGUGGGGUAGGUAGGCUUCGGACAUCUGGAAAUGGACCGACCACAGACCUCCAGCAUCUUCAGGAAAAAUGCACUAGGAAAAGUUCUCCUCAGUUAGAAUCUACAGAUUUUUUUCUAUCUUCCCGUGGUAUUGGAAUGAAUGGAAAUAAUACCGCAUCAGGGAAAAGAGUAGGAGAAUGUAUCCAUCACCUCCCACCUGUGCAAACCCCUAUUCAAACAAACAAGAAAACAACAAAGCACUGUUUUCAUUGUGGGAAGAAAACUGGACUGGCUACUAGCUAUGAAUGCAGAUGUGGAAACAACUUCUGUGCAUCCCAUCGCUAUGCAGAAACUCAUGGCUGCACCUAUGAUUACAAGAGUGCAGGGAGGAGAUACUUACAGGAGGCAAAUCCUGUGAUUAAUGCACCAAAACUCCCCAAAAUUUAA